CAGCCGGAGAAGUGGUAUAAAAGCCAUGGGUCCCCCCGAAAACUCACACAGUAUCGAAGUGAAAGUGCGUGGGCGAAGUGAGUGAGAACCGGGAUUGGAUCGACUACGAAAUACAAGGAUUAUGUUUGGAUAUACUGUCUUGCUGUGGAUUCUCGGGCUCGUGGCCUUUGCGCAGGCGCAAACGCUGAAUGAAACGAGUGGUGUGGUGGCGCCUCUGGAGCCUGGAUUGUGGCGCCAGGGCCGAAGAAGGAGUGUUCUGGCAGAUACCUGCACCACCAACAGCGGCACCACCGGAACCUGCCUCACACGCUUCAAGUGCAUGCGGCAAUCGGGCACGGUGAACGGAUAUUGCGGCACCUACGGUGUUUGCUGUGAAACCAACCUCCAAGUGGGCGCAACAACCCGCCAAAAGCGAUCGAUUAUCAAGAGUCCUGCCACAUUCGCCACCGACCAAAUCACCUACACCAUCGAGGCGAUGAGCAACAACGUCCAGCAGCUUCGCAUCGACUUUGAGCAGUUCGAGAUGGCGCAGCCUGUGGACACUGAUGGUGUCCUGGAGUGUCAGGACUACUUUGAGGCUGGUGGCUUCAAGUUGUGUGGGGUGAACAAUGGCCAGCAUCUGUAUCUUCCCUUCAACGCGGCCGCCGGAGUGGAGCAGGUCACCAUUACCUUUGCGGUGCCCUCCCAGUCGACGGGAACCAAUUGGCGACUGAUUGUGACUCAGCUGGAGGGUCCUCCCAUUUCCAGCAAACGUCGCCUUACCUCCGCAGGAUUCGGAGCCAGCACCAACUCCUUGCAGGAUCUGAGGGAUAUUUUCGCCUCCCACCACGCGGACUACGAGCUUUUGGCUCCUCCGGGCUGCCAGCAAUACUAUACGGGGCUGACGGGUACCAUUCGCAGCUUCAACUUCCAGACUUCAGUGACUAGCAACUAUAUGCCCGAUCUGAGCUAUAAUAUUUGCAUUCAGUCAGCGACCAGUGCCAACAUGAUCGAAUACAGCUUCAGUCAGUUCUCCAUGUCUAUACAGGACGGCACCACCGAGGGUUACGAUGAGUUCUGCCAUCCCACAGUCCACACGGCGGGUAGGCAGGAGGACUACCUGAUGAUACCUCAAGGAAUUUUGGCCAAAAACAUGGCCUACCAGCCCACAUACUAUUGUGGCACUAACGAUAAUCUAGUGGUUUAUGCUUCACCACCUUACUUGCUGCACUUCUCCAGCGACGACUUGACUCUGGAUAGGUCUGUGGAGACUGGGUUCAGCAUGACUUACCGCCUAAGAAACUCACUUCUUUAAUCAUAGCGACUAUUAAAUAAUAUCAGAUAGGUUUGCCCGCAGGGCACACUAGAAUUUAAUAAACUCGAAUGUCUUUAA